CACCAACACACUGCCAAAACUCCAUCACACAAUCCCCAACCUCAAACCAUGACAAUUCUUCUUACAGCUUCCCUAAUUGCUCUCCUUCCGCUAAUCCACUUCGCCUCCGCCUCGCCGGAGCCCCCUUCCGCAGCUCCGGCUCCGGCGCCGGGUACGACGGCCAGGGCCUCCGACUACAUCCGUACGAGCUGCGAGACGACGCUGUACCCGGAGCUCUGCUAUCGCUCCCUGUUCGGCUACGCCAAUGCCGUACAGAAGGACCCGGCGCGGCUGGCUAGGGUAGCCGUCGGCGUCAGCCUAUCGCGCGCCAGACACAUGGCCGAUUACCUGGCGAACAUCUCCGGCGCGGCGGAGUACGGCGGAGACGGCCGCGCUUCCGCCGCCGUGCACGACUGCUUCUCGGUGUUCGGAGACGCGGUGGAGCAGAUACGCGGCUCGCUGAAGAAGAUGCGGCGGCUGAACGGGACCGGAGAGGAGCUGAGGUUCCAGAUGAGCGACGUGCAGACGUGGAUGAGCGCCGCGCUGACCAAUGAGGACACGUGUACGGACGGAUUUGAGGAUGUGGAAGACGGACCGUUGAAAACGGACGUCUGCGAUCGGACGGUUAAGGUGAAGGAGGUGACCAGCAAUGCGCUCGCGCUCGUCAAUAGUUAUGCUGCUAAGGUUGUCGCCCCGUGACGGCUAGAUAUAAUUAAUUAAUUAUUUUAAUUUAAAGAAUUGGUAAUUAGGCUUAAUCAAUCUUGUGUGACAAUAUUUAGAGUGUGAAAGUUUAAUAUUGUGGUUUUUAGUUUUUAAUUUUUCCCACUGCAGCCUGUAUAGAUUGUGAAGAAAUUAAUUACAAAAUUUUAAGGUGGUGGCCUUUUAAUUUAUGUUUUAUAUAUGCUGCAGUAACUUUUA